ACAAUUAUACCUCACCAAAUCAAGUUAUACCAUCUUCAAUACUCAAUAGUCUUUCAUUUCUAACAACAAAGACAUACUAAUGGCAACCAUGGCUCUCUCUUCUCCAUCAUUUGCUGGGAAAGCUGUGACUCUCAACUCACAAACAGAAUUCCCCACCAAUGUUAGAUCCAGCAGCAACAGCAAGAUCUCGAUGAGGAAGACAUCAGCAAAGAAGCCUGCUGCUUCUUCAGGAAGUCCAUGGUACGGUCCAGACCGUGUCAAGUAUCUCGGCCCAUUCUCUGGUGAGUCUCCUUCUUACCUGACUGGUGAAUUCGCUGGUGAUUAUGGUUGGGAUACUGCUGGACUAUCAGCUGACCCAGAGACCUUUGCGAAGAACCGCGAACUUGAGGUGAUCCAUUCAAGGUGGGCAAUGCUCGGAGCUUUGGGCUGUGUCUUCCCAGAACUCCUCUCUAGAAAUGGAGUCAAAUUUGGCGAAGCUGUUUGGUUCAAAGCCGGCUCUCAGAUUUUCAGUGAAGGAGGACUAGACUAUUUGGGAAAUUCCAGCUUGGUUCAUGCACAGAGCAUCUUAGCUAUUUGGGCCACACAGGUCAUUCUUAUGGGCGCUGUUGAGGGUUACAGAGUUGCAGGUGGUCCACUAGGUGAGGUUGUCGAUCCACUUUACCCAGGUGGAAGCUUCGAUCCCUUAGGACUCGCGGAGGACCCAGAGGCAUUUGCCGAGCUAAAGGUAAAGGAAUUGAAGAAUGGUCGCCUUGCUAUGUUCUCCAUGUUUGGGUUCUUUGUU